CAAACGCUGUGAGCAGACGAUAUUCCAAGGAAGCAAAAAUCAAGUUCUCGCAACACGCAUAAGAUACACACCAACACACAACAAUAAUUCUAACUACCAAAAAAAUCUCCAUGACGUAACCCCGGACUUUGGACUUCAAACACUUUUUUAAAAGUCAAAUACUACCUUCCCGAGGCAUGACAGCCCUUGGAGAUGGGUCUGAUGGCGAGAUUAGUGAGUUUCCUGAGGAGAAAACCUUUGGCGAAGAAUAUUGUUGGAUAUGGGGCUAUGUACGUAGGAGCGGAGUUCACGCAGCAGACUUUGACCAAAAAGAUAUGGAGAGAUGACAAAGAUCCAGCAUAUGAUAUACCGUCUUUUGGUCGAUACUCAUUCUUUGGAUUCGUCUGGUAUCCUGUGGCAUACCAUUACUGGUAUCGAUGGCUUGAUGGAAGGUUUGUGGGUACUUCCUUGGCUGUGAUAACAUCCAAAACCUUGCUCGACCAAUUCCUCAUGGAACCGCCUUUGUUAGCUUCGUUCUAUGUUGGAAUGAGUGUACUUGAGGGGCAGGAGGAUAUAUUCAAGGAGUGCAAGAAAAAGUAUAUACCGACAUUUAUUGUAAGUUUU